AUGAUGGUAUCGUUUGACGUGGUGUCCCUAUUCACCUCUAUUCCAACUGGUCUCGCCGUAAGCACUAUUGAUGAACUACUCGGCGAAAAGUCUGAGGACGAGGACCAGCAACUUAAACGACAACACGUCACUGAGCUGUUGGAAUUGUGCCUCAGGACUUUCUUCAGCUUCAACAACCAG